AAUGUGGGGCGGGGAGCCCCCCUCCCAACCUUUCUGCUUCUCCCGGUAGUGGAGCUUCCACUCCGGAUUGCUGCUCUGCCCCAUAGCUGGGAGGGGGGCGCUUUCGGAAAGGGAGGGAGGAGGCAGGGGACCCCCCCCCGUGGAUGUUGCAGGAAAGGAGGAUCGGGAGCGAGGACAAAGAGUCAAAGGACCCCUUUUCUUGAUAGACAGUGCCUGGGGCUGGAAGCUCUACACACCGGGUGUGCCUGUGGAGGUCAAAGUCUGCCAGUAUUAGCACAGGGCUUGACUUCAGGUGCAGCAGAAUUGCCCAGCCCCCCAAGGAUUUGAGACCCAUCAGCUAUCCUCACCUGGUUUUGCCAGCCGGUUGAAGCCAUUCCAGGGAUUGUGGCCCCUGAUUCAUCCUGACAGCUUCUGGAAGGCACAGGAUUUCCUUUCCUCCCACUCUGAGGAACGUGAUGGAGAAGACAUUCAGAAUUCCAAGGAAUGGGGCACCUUUUGUUUCAUUAGGAAUAGAAAUUAAAAUGUGUGAAAUGUGGGAUAUGCUUCAUUGAAUGAGGACACAUAGCUCACAUCAAUGACUCUGAGAGGAGAAACCAUUUAAAGGUAUGGAGUGUGGGGAAAGUUACACUGAUAGUGGAAAACUUAGAACACAUCAGCGGAUUUACAUGGACAAGAAAGGAUUACAAUGCAGGGAGUGUGGAAGAACUUCAGUCAGAGAGGAUUCCCCAAUAUACAUCAGCGGACACACAGGGGAAAAACCAUAUAAAUGCAUAGAGUGCGGAAAGAGUUUUAGUGAUAGUAGAGACCUUAGAAAACAUCAACGGAUUCACACAGGGGAGAAACCAUAUCAAUGUAUAGAGUGCGGAAAGAGCUUUAGUCAGAGUGGAGGCCUUAGAAAUCAUCAACGGAUUCACACAGGGGAGAAACCAUUUCAAUGUAUGGAGUGUGGAAAAAGCUUCUGUCGGAGUGGACACUUAAGUUCACACCUACAGAUUCACACGGGUGAAAAACCUUUUAAAUGCAUGGAGUGUGGGAAGAGCUUCAGGCAGAAUGGAGAACUUAAAUUACACCAGCGAAGUCACACCGGUGAAAAACCAUAUAAAUGUAUGGAGUGCGGAAAGAGCUUCAGUCAGAGUGGAGACCUUAGAAAACAUCAGCGGAUUCACACAGGGGAGAAACCAUUUCAAUGUAUGGAGUGUGGAAAAAGCUUCUGUCGGAGUGGACACUUAACUUCACAUCAACGGACUCACACGGGUGAAAAACCAUUUCAAUGUAUGGAGUGUGGAAAGAGCUUCAGUGAGAGUGGACACUUCAAUAAACAUCACCAGACUCACACAGGGGAGAAACCAUAUAAAUGUAUGGAGUGUGGAAAGAGCUUCAGUCAGAGUGACCACCUCAAUAGACAUCACCAGACUCACACAGGGGAGAAACCAUAUAAAUGUAUGGAGUGUGGAAAGAGCUUCAGUCAGAGUGACCACCUCAAUAGACAUCAAUGGACUCACACGGGUGAAAAACCAUAUAAAUGUAUGGAGUGUGGAAAGAGCUUCAGUAAGAUUGGAAACCGCAAUAUGCAUCAACGGACUCAUACAGGGGAGAAACCUUUUAAAUGUAGGGAGUGCGGAAAGAGCUUUAGUGAUAGUGGAAACCUUAGAAAACAUCAACGGAUUCACACAGGGGAGAAACCAUUUCAAUGUAUGGAGUGUGGAAAAAGCUUCUGUCGGAGUGGACACUUAAGUUCACAUCAACGGACUCACACGGGUGAAAAACCAUUUCAAUGUAUGGAGUGUGGAAAGAGCUUCAGUCGGAGUGGACACCUCAAUAAACAUCACCAGACUCACACAGGGGAGAAACCAUUUCAAUGUAUGGAGUGUGGAAAGAGCUUCAGUCAGAGUGGACACCUCAAUAGACAUCACCAGACUCACACAGGGGAGAAACCAUAUAAAUGUAUGGAGUGUGGAAAGAGCUUCAGUCAGAGUGAUAAACUUAGAAUACAUCAACGGACUCACACGGGUGAAAAACCAUAUAAAUGUAUGGAGUGUGGAAAGAGCUUCAGUAAGAUUGGAAACCGCAAUAUGCAUCAACGGACUCAUACAGGGGAGAAACCUUUUAAAUGUAGGGAGUGCGGAAAGAGCUUUAGUGAUAGUGGAAACCUUAGAAAACAUCAACAGAUUCACACAGGGGAGAAACCAUAUAAAUGUAUGGAGUGUGGAAAAAGCUUCAGUUUCGAUGCAGGCCUUCGAUCACAUCAACGGACUCACACAGGCAGGGGAAAACCAUAU